UAAACAUAAAUGUCAGCUUGUUAGCUCAAAGCAUUGUCCCGUGACGCGUAUUUUAACUGGCACUUGUCCUUUAUAUGAAUCUUUUAAAGACUACCAAUAUGAGUUCAGCGCUUCCAAACCGCCUUUUUUUUAUUUGUUUGUUUUUAGGUUAAAGGAGUGGUGACUAUUAAAGAAACAGGCGGUCAAAGUAAAUUCUCCUGAGCCUGUUUUGAUGUCAUGGAGAUUUGAUUAAGACCACAUGAAAGACUUUUUCGUGGAAAUGCUAAUAAUUCACAGAAAUCUGAAUCAAGCAGUUUAGUUAAUCAAAUGCUAUGCUGGGUUUUUUUCUUCUGAUCACUCAAGAUGUUUGGAAACCGCUUAAUCUUGAUGAUAUAAUAUGUUGCAAGAGAAGUUCAGCGAUGAGAUAAGGGGCAUGAAAUACUAUUUCAAAUGAAUUUAAACUCAUAAAAAAGAAACAAGUAUAAAUAGCUCAGGAUUUCCUAACUUCAUUUAAUGUAAUUGUUAGCAUUUUAUUCUGGACUGGACCUCUGGGAAGUGGUACAUCACUCCAGGGUGUCCUGUCACGCUGCUUAGCACUGAUUUGUCCUAAAAGAUUAAUCCUUUAUUAUAGAGAUGGGGACUUAUACAUACUGGGGACAACUGCUGGAAAAUAUACUUUCAGGAUGAAGUCUGAAUGGUUGAAGUACGAACAAAGGAUGGUUUGUGUGUCACUUGCAUGCAAACUGCGUGUCUCCUGGUUCAUAUCCUCUGAUGAUACACACAAGAUGCUAAUUUUGAGAAAGACGCUUAACUUUGAGACUGCCCUUUAGGUAGCAGCCUUAGGUAACUGUAACUGCCAAGUAUUUAGAGGUCACAGCAUUCUAAGACAUUCUGCUAUAUCUAAUGUCGUCAUCCACACUUGAAGAGCUUGACAAUCAGCCUUUUUCUUCUUUACUACAACACCAAUAAAAACUUGGCUCCAAUAAGCACAUGAUGAGAUGGUGACAGUAAGAGAGACCGUGGAUCCACACAACAAAGUAAAAUUCCCAAUUGUUAUUUAUAAUGUUUACACAAGAAGUGAUUUAUAUAACCUUAAAUUAAAGCAGGGAUGGAACUGAAACUAAAUGGUAAAGAAAAAAGGAGAUGUUCCUUAAAAUAGUAGAUAUGAAAGCAACAGGGGUGAUGAAAAAUGUAACAAUAUUGUAACAAAAUAAACUAACAAAAAAGAGAGUUAACUUAUUCUGACCUAACUAUGAUUGAACUGAGAUUAAAACAAAAUCAAGAGGUUUGGGGAGGGGGUCAAAAUAAUACAAAAGCACCUGAGCUGCCAUUAGUGCUAAAUUAAUAUUGAUACUUAUGGAUUGCAGUUAUAGGGAUUUUUUUAUGAUAUAGUAGUGAGGACAGUGUUUAAUGAUUGUAAUGGUUAUACAAAAAACCCUUAUUGAAGAUUUAAGAAAUCAAAUCUAUUUAUCACGGCUGCUAUGUCUUAAGUAAAACAGCACAUGAUAUCACAUCAUAAUAGGCCUUUUUCUCCAAGUGUUUCAAAACCACCCCCAUGACUUGACAUUUAUUGAUGUCAAGUCAUACAUUUUGUGUUUAUUUAUUCUAAAUUGAUCUGUAGCUCAAAAUUUGGCAUACACAGAGGCAAUAAUACUGUGGAGGCAUGAAAUAUAACCAAAAUGCAAGAGUUAACCGGUAAUGUUACAAAGGAAGGCUGCUUAAAUGUACAAUUACCACCCCUCUCCUUACCCUGCCUCCAACCAAAAACUGAAUACCUGCACAAAAUGACAUUUAUUCAGUUUUGAGUUGCAUAAAAAAAAUCAGUCAAUUAAACUAAUCCCCUAAAUUAGAUUUUCAACAAUUAGGUUUACAUCAUAGCUGCCAUAAAUUAACAGUAUUUAAUUUUUUAACAGUAUUUCGAAUGACCAGAAUCAUUCUGUAAUCGUUCAUUCAUCAGUAUGCACAAGCUGUUUAUUCAAAUUUAUUAUUUUUAAUGCCAAAAUAUAAUUAGUGUUGUUGUCCACAAAUGUUCAAAUUAAUUGCUUUACAAAUAUGCUGAUAAAAAACAGUAAAGCACACUUUUGGAUUAAGAUCACACAUUACAAAUAUUUACUUGCACUCCUAAACAGAUAAAUAUUGUUUUAGCUGUUGUUUCAGUUGUACAGCACACUAGUGUGCCGGCUCACGUUUGGAUAGAAAAACAUGAAUUUAGCUUUGUGAAUUCAGUCAUCUUUACUUGUUUUAAAGUAAACACUACUGGCCAGUCAUUAGUGGCCAGUAGUGCCACCCAUUGCCAAAACUAACUCAGCCCCAUGAGCUGCCCGAGGCCUUUACUAGACAGAAUAGGAAAAGCCAUUCUGUAAUCUCUUUAAAACACUCCCUUCUUUUUCCUCCUCCCUUGUCUUUCUCUCCUCCUCGCCGAGUCUUGCUCAGACCUUCACAUGCAAAAUAAAGCUGUGUGGCGCUUGAACUCUUUGCUCAGCUAUGCAGUAGUGAAGAGGAUUAACUCAAGCCAAGCGCCAGUUUUGGCAUUUCAUCCAUCCCUUGGCAGACGGAGAGAGACUACCAAAAGCUACCUCUUUGCCUCUCUUCAUCUAAAUCUCCUCUUUACUUCCUUUCUGUUCUCUUUUUCUCCUUCUGUCCUUUACCCCCUCAUUUUCAAUUAUGACUCUGUUAUCAGAAGAUCAGUCUGUGAGGCCCCAACACUGCCGGAUCUCUGAGCCUGGCAAACACAUCAGCACUUCUCUGCACCAGGACUCAACAGACUGCAAUGGUAGCAAUGUGGACUACGUAGACAGUGUGGAAGACUCUGUCUUUGGAGCUGUGGAGCCUCACAGGCGCUCUCGGGGGCGCCUUAUUCUCCACGGCCUGGUCAUGUUUGGAAGGGAAUUCUGCUAUGCCGUGGAGGCAGCUUUUGUCACGCCGGUGCUCCUGAGUGUGGGCCUGCCCCAGAGUCUGUACAGCUUGGUGUGGUUGAUCAGCCCCAUCCUGGGCUUCCUGCUCCAGCCCAUCAUCGGUUCAGCCAGCGACUAUUGCCGCUCGCCGUGGGGCCGGCGGAGGCCUUACAUCCUGGCACUGGGCAUCCUCAUGCUUGUGGGAAUCACCCUGUUCCUUAAUGGAGAUGCUGUCAUCUCAGGUGAGGGAUCAGUGAAGAAAACUUGAGGGUGAGGAAUUCAGACAGAACAAGAGUGGAGGUAGUGUGCUAUCUGUAAUCUUGUUAUGUCAGAAAAUGCUUUGAGGCCACGCUAGCUUUGAUUUAAAAGUAUUCCGAAGAUUUACUAUCAGGCUCCACUCCUGUGGCUCCCACUUUGAAUUCGGGAAACAGGCACCCUCUCUACUUUGAAGAAUAGGCUUAAAGCUUUCCUUUUUGAUAAAGCUAUGGCUGAAUCAGGUGACCCUAAGCACUCUCUUAGUUACACUGCAAUAAGCUUAGGCUGCUGGGAGGGGCUUCCUGUGAUGCAUUUUUUCUUCAUUCACCUUGUUUCACUCUCUGUGUUUAUACACCACUCUGCAUCUAAUCAUUAGCCAUUAUUAAUCUAUGGCUCUCUUCCACAAUAAAUGAAUGUCUCUUUCCCCUCACGCCCAACCAGUCAGGGCAGAUGGUUGCCCCUCACUGAGCCUGGUGUGAGCCUCCUGUUAAACGGGAGUUUUUCUUUCCCAUUGUCACCAAAUGCUCCUGUGAUCAUUGGGUUUCUUUCGAAUAUUGUAGAUUCUUUACGUUACAUACCUUAUAUAAAACACAUUGAGGUGAUUGUUGUAGGAAUUGGUUUGAUAUAAAUACAUAUGAACUGAACUGAUUUAGGUUUUGCUGUCUUCUUUUACCUUCAGGACAAGGUUAAGGGCAAGUUUCAACCUCUUUGUAAGACUUUUAAAGACUCUGAAUCCAAAUUUGUACUUGUGCACAGAUUUUGGGGGAUAAAAUGAUACAUUCAUCAUGAAAGGAAAAAGUAGGGCCCAGAGAUGCUCCAUUUGAAUCCAUUA